AUGUUUGUCGAAAGUACAAUUCACAAAGUAGAUGCAGAAAUGGAAGAUUUAUCAGUUAUAAUUAAAUAAAAAAUUUUAAAUGAAAUCGAGGAGGCUUCAAAAGUUUAUGAAAUAUCAAAAAUUGACUCUGAUUUAAGAACUACAUUGAAGUAAUAAGAAUACUUAUGCAGAUUAAGUGAAAACCUAGAAAUAUCUAUAUUAUUCAAUUAUGAUUAUCCAAAAAGCAAUCCUAAGUAUUUUGUUUAGCAAAAAUUUGAAAAAACCCCUUCAAUUAAUGAAGACACUUGGCAGAUUAAUAUAUAAAAUGAAAAUACUGUAUUGAAUACUCUUUAUGCAAUUAUUAUUGAAUUGUCACAGAACCCACUAUGUCCUGACUUAUAGAUUUAGCAAUAAAUACAUGAAUCAACUUAAGAAUUUCCUACAUCUAUGGCCUAAAUUUUGGAUAGUUAGGAAAUGAGUAUUUUGAAUAAAAUAUCAGAUGAACAUCAUAUGUAUGGAAAUCCAUUAUAAAAUCUAUUUGAAAUAAUGGAACAAAAGGCAAAGACAAAUUUAUCCUUAUAUACAAAAGUUCAAUAAAUCUAGAGUGAAACUGAGGAACUCAAGAAGGAUUUGAAUAUUAUUUAUAAUAAAUUUCAACAAGUCCAAUAGGAAGCAAGAAUAUUAAAUGCUUAAUGUAAUACUUUUCUGAAUGUAUAUUGA